GAGUAUAUAUACAUCCCAAAGAGCCUGGUGCUCUAACACACAGCUGGACUACUGGCUGCUGGACUCAACUCCAUUGGAUAUUUUGCCAGAAAGCCGGCUCCAGCGUUGUCUCUGGCUGCUGUGGAGAAGAACCAGUGUGAUUCAGGAGUAGAUUGUCGUGCGACUGAGGCUCCCAGGAUGACCACCUCUGGGGUGGAUUGGCUGUUUAAGAACAAGGACAAGGUGGAGCGAGCGGUGGAGUUCAUGGGCAAGGGUUGUGAGGUCCUGGCCUCCACCGUGGGCCAGCUCCACCCCAUCCUGGAGGCCGUGUUCAUGACCUCCGCCGAGAUCCUCAGCAACCCCGAGGGCAAGGAGGCCCGCUACCUGACAGAGCAGUUUGAGCAGGUCAACCUGAAGCUGGAGGGGCUGCAGGCCGAGCAGGAGCAGAUCGCCCGCGAGGGCGUGAGAUCAUCCAUGAACAAGCAGAACUUCGAUCGCGAGGCCCAGAUGCUCAGCCAGUACGAGAAGUUCCAGGAGUUCAUCAACGCCAAGCCCAAGUUCAAAGCCAAGAAGAAGGAGAAGUUCCUCAGCCACUACGAGAACACCGACAGGGACCUCAACCUGGACGCCCUCUACAACGCCGUCAUAGGCAAGGACAGCAUGCUGGAUAAAGUGCUCUACGUCGAGGCCAGAGGCCGGCGGGCGGUGGAGGGAUUCUGCGCGAGCCUCAAGAAGCUCUUUGUCGUGGGGAUCUUUGCCGUCAUGGGCUACGCCGCCCUGAAGGAGGGCGAGAUCGACCAGGAGAUGCUGAAGAAGUGGCAGGACCGCAUGGAGAGGGUAAAGAUCCUGAUGAAGGCGGCCGUGGACGACUGCACCCAGAACUUUGCCGAGCAGGCCAAAGCCGACACGGAGGACGAGCUCCGGGACAAGACGGGCAGCCUGAGCGGGGACUUCAUCAAGCCCAUCCUGGCGUCCCUGGUGAAGAAGUACGACUGGGUGAGCUGGUCCGUCCGCGUGCUGCGGGCCGAGGAGUGGUUCCUGUACGACUGGAUAGUGGGCAAGAAGUUCAGCGGCUGGGCCGGAGGGGAGAACUAUUUCGAGGCGUCGACCAAGAACAAGUUCAUGGUGGAGGUGUCCUUCUGCGUGGAGCCGGUGAUCCUCGACCAGACCCACAUCCGGAAGGCCAUCGAGGGCCAGAGGAUGAAGAAAAACAUGGUGGACGUGGCCGCCACUCUGAGCGGGAACGUUCCGGACUGUCUGGUGCACGCCGUCCACCCUCGGAAGGAUGUGGUGGAGAACAACAACUUCAAGCCUGAGUGCUACUACUUUGUCAAACACGAAAGUGCCUACAUCUGCAUUCACCCCCUGUAGCUUCACACCAGGCCCCUCUGGGUCUCUCACUGCCAAUUUGUCUUGAGAAAAGAAAAGCUUCAAAUUCAAUUAUUCAUUAUUUUUUUGUACAAUGGGUGUCUUUAUUCAAACGUCGAUGAUGUUGAAAAUUUGCCUUCUCUGGGAUAGGAGAUUUAUGUCAGUUAUUUCUUUGUGGGCCAAUCUUUGGGGUGUUAAUAUCUAGCUUUGAACACAUGCAACUCUUUAUCAAUAUGUCCUUUGCACAUAUAAACAAAAUAACGAAUGAAUGGGGAUCCAUUUCAUCUGCCAAAAUCAAGAGAUACUAUAUGACUAUCUGUGUUUUAUUUUCAUUGCAAUAAAUGUAAAACAUUGAAUGUGUCGGUGAUUAUCUUUCUUUGGCUCCUGGGUUCAUAAAAUGCAAGCCUCAACCAGUAGACGUCUCGAAAUGACCCAGUCCUACUUAUUUACAAUGUAAUGACACAUUUAGACUCACUUAUUGAUGUGAAUAACAUCCGCUCUCGCCAGAGAGGAGCACCAGCGCCAGGACGCUCUCGCCAGAGAAGAACACCUGCAACAAGAAGCCCGUGGUGACAAAGAGCGUCGGGAGCGUCAAGCCCAGGCUACCGCAGAGGCACUACAACGGGUGGCCACACAGAACCUAGAACUCGCUAAGCUAGCUCUCUCUCGCCAACCAGAGUGCACUAUCACCGGCCCGAUAUCACGAACACCCACCAAUGCUAGCCCCCCUAAUCCAAGCAGGAGGGAUUCAUUUAUCAUUUUAAUAUUUUUUCUAUUGAAAUACAGUGAUUGUUGCUUUAUUAGUAUCAAUAAAAUCUAUUAGUUGUAAUUUGCUAAUU